AUGAACGCGGACGUCUAUAGGAGUCACCGCGGUUACCGCAGGUUCCGUCCGCUCAUCACCGCGGGUUACCGUGUCCGUUACCACAAGCCGCAAGCGGCAAGCCGUCGGAUAACUGCGUCUCGAUCACUCUAUUUUCUAGAGCAGCAGCUGCUAGUGUCAUCAAAGUGGCGACAGACGAUACGAUACGGCGCACUGGGAACCGGCGGAAAAGGCGACUCCAAGGACGUACCCAACGGCAAUCCGACCUCGGGAGCAUCUCCCCCGGAAUUUUCACCCACGGCCAUAUUGGGUAGCGACAGAGAUCUCUUCUUCGGCGGCAAGCUAAGGAAAUCGCCUGCAGUUUCCGACGGUUUAUAUUUUUCCUGGAGAUCGUCUUCAACCGGAAGUAUUAUAUUAGGCGCUGAUUUCCAUCCCUGCGACUCUGGUGCUCUGGCUCCGGGAUUUGUCCGAACGGCCAUGUUUGUUAAAGGCACAAACCGUUUGUGA